UCAAAUUCGGUCAACAUUGAGAGUAAUCAGCACUCUCGCAGCUCCUACGACGGCGAAGAGGAGGAGAAAGGAUCAUACAGCUUUUUUUGUUCUUUCUAGAGAAGAUGGUGAAACCCUCUGAUUUCAAAGCAGUUCACAGACUUAUUCACUUGCAUUACACUCGACUCGUCAACAACCCCGUCACAGUAACCCGGUCAUCAAAGCUCUUCGCUUUGUCUUCUCCUUCAACUGGGUUCACUCAGUUUCAACCUAAACCCAGUUUCCACACCUUUUCGUCGAUACCCACCACGAAAAACCUCGGCUUUUCCCAGAUUUGCGGCGGACUAGCCUUGUUGGCCAAGCCCCGCGUUAUUAAAAACGUGAACUUUGCAUCGGCGGCGGCGUUCAGGCUGUUUUCCACCUCCGGGUUUCGUAAAUUCGACGGGAGUUUCGCGAGAAAGGUUGUCGAGAAGCCGAUGAAAGCUGUUGGUUCGAGUUUUGGUAGAUACCGAGGGGCUUUAGGGUUGCACGUUGAUGCGUUUUGGAAGAAGAAUAGCCUUGUGGUGUUUGGAGCAGGUGGUGUGUUCGUUUGUAUUUUUCUCUGGAGGGUUAUGUUUGGGAUUGCUAGCACUUUCGUUGGUCUCUCUGAGGGUAUGGCUAAGUAUGGCUUCCUUGCUCUCUCCUCCGCCAUUGUCGCAUUUGCUGGUUUGUACCUUCGUGCAAGGUUCACGAUAAAUCCUGAUAAAGUUUAUAGGAUUGCCAUGAGGAAGCUCAACACAGCGGCUAACAUUCUUGAAGUUAUGGGUGCUCCUCUUACAGGAUCAGAUUUACGUGCUUAUGUGAUGUCAGGUGGUGGGAUCACGUUAGAAAAAUUUAAGCCAACGAUUAGGAGCAAGCGUUGCUUUCUUCUCUUCCCAGUUCAAGGUGCUGAGAGAAAGGGACUCGUUAGUGUUGAAGUCAAGAAGAAGAAGGGACAGUAUGACAUGAAACUACUGGCAGUGGAUAUUCCAAUGGCGUCUGGUCCUGACCAACGCGUAUUCCUUAUCGGUGAUGAAGAAGAGUACAGAAUUGGUGGUGGUUUGAUAUCUGAGCUAAGAGAUCCUGUGGUCAAAGCAAUGGCAGCAGCUAAGGAGUUUGAUAAUCUUGACAGGAUUGAAGAGGAAGAAGACGAGGAAAGAGAACUUCUAGAAGCUGAAAGGAAGCAACGUGAAGAAACCGAGAAGCUCGAAAAAGAGAGCUCUUAGUGGUUUUUGUUGUAAUGCUACUCGCAUACAAGCUUUAACAUCUUCGGUGGAUAAUAUUAAUAUAGAACAUCACCGAGACUCUGUUCAAAAACCUUAACUUUUUUUUUGGUUUGUGUCUUACGUAAACCGGUUUUGGCUUAAGGGAAGAGAAAGUUUUCUGUC